CACUCUCAGUUGUAGAAUCAGUCCAUCUCUUUCUCUGUCUCUUUCUCCCUAUAUAUAUCCUGUGUGUGGGUCGUCCAUUUCAGCUUGAGAAUUAAGAAGAAGAAGCAGCUUAAGGGGAAACAAACAGAUAAAAAGAAACAAACAACCACUAGAUAUCCAUUUCCCAUAUUCAUACAUACCAGAUAAUACCAACAACCUUACUGUUUUGCAACUCAAAGAAACAAUCAUGUCAUCUUCCCAGCCGCAAAACACGGCUGUCCUCCCUUACCCUGUUCGCUCCAAUCUUCCGCCCAAAUCUGUACUUACACUUCCCUUGCACCCAAUUACACUCAAGUUUGAAGAAGUGGUGUACAAAAUCAAAUUAGAGCAACAGAAAGGAGGAUUCUGUUGGAAUGGUACAUGGAGUUCCAAAGAAAAGACUAUUUUGAAUGGGAUGACAGGUAUGGUUUGUCCAGGUGAGAUUUUGGCGAUGCUCGGCCCGUCCGGAAGUGGCAAGACCACCCUCCUGACAGCUCUUGGAGGUCGACUUAAUGGGAAGCUCUCAGGUAAGAUCACCUACAAUGGCCAGCCCUUUUCAAGCCCCAUCAGGCGGCAAAUUGGAUUUGUAGCGCAGAACGAUGUUCUCUACCCACACUUAACCGUGGCAGAGACACUCAUCUUCACCUCCCUGCUACGCCUGCCUGACAGCUUAACCAAAGAAGAGAAGGUGGAGCAUGCUGAGCAUGUGAUUAACGAGCUAGGCCUGAACCGGUGCAGGAAUAGCAUGAUAGGAGGUCCCCUGUUUAGGGGAAUUUCAGGUGGUGAGAAAAAGAGAGUAAGCAUUGGACAAGAAAUGUUAAUCAAUCCAAGUUUACUGUUACUCGACGAACCCACCUCGGGACUAGACUCGACGACUGCUCAGCGUAUCUUGACCACGAUAAAGCACUUAGCAAGCGGAGGCAGAACUGUGGUCAUCACUAUUCACCAACCAUCCAGCAGACUCUACCACAUGUUUAACAAGGUGGUGUUGCUUUCAGAGGGUUGCCCAAUUUACCAUGGACCUGCAUCCACAGCCUUGGAUUAUUUCUCUUCAAUUGGAUUUUCCACUUCCGUCACUGUCAACCCUGCUGAUCUCUUACUCGAUUUGGCAAAUGGAAUUGCGCCUGAUUGCAAAAGAACGGCGGAUGAAGAAGGCGGAGAUUCUCCUCAAGAGGGUGGUGGAAGCACAGAAAACGAGCAAAAAUUGGUCCGGGAAGCUCUAAUCUCUGCUUAUGACAAGAACAUAGCCACAAGGUUGAAGGCUGAACUUUGCGGGGCUAUAGACAUGAACAGUAACCCCCGCUAUGCUGGUCCUGCCACUACCGAUUCAUACAAAUCAGGGAACACUGUGAAGUCAGAAGAAUGGGGCACCAGCUGGUGGAGGCAAUUUAAAGUGCUGCUCAGGAGAGGGCUUAAGGAGCGUAGAUACGAAGCUUUCAACAAAUUGAGAAUUUUCCAAGUAAUAACGGUUGCCAUUCUUGCUGGUCUCCUCUGGUGGCACUCCCCGCCAUCACACAUCCAGGACCGCAUUGGGUUGCUCUUUUUCUUCUCAGUCUUCUGGGGGUUUUUCCCACUCUAUAAUGCCGUUUUCACAUUUCCACAAGAACGAGCUAUGCUCAUCAAAGAACGUUCUUCAGGCAUGUACCGGCUCUCCUCUUACUUCCUUGCCAGGACUGCAGGGGACCUUCCUAUGGAGCUUGCUCUCCCCACAGUAUUCGUCGUCAUUAUCUACUGGAUGGGUGGACUCAAGCCGGACCCUGCAACCUUCGUUCUAUCCCUACUUGUUGUACUCUUCAGUGUCCUUGUAUCCCAAAGCUUAGGUCUUGCAUUUGGUGCCAUCCUGAUGGAUGUGAAACAAGCCACCACCUUGGCCUCAGUCACCACUCUGGUUUUCCUUAUGGCUGGAGGCUAUUACAUUCAGCAGAUCCCUGGCUUCAUUGUCUGGUUCAAGUACUUGAGCUUUAGCUUCUACUGUUACAAGCUUCUUCUUGGAGUUCAAUACACUGAGAAUGAUUACUACGAGUGCGCCAACGGAGAUUUCUGCCGUGUGGUUGAUUUUCCUGCAGUCAAGUCCAUGGGUUCAGAUCAUUUGUGGAUAGAUGUCUGUAUCAUGGCUCUGAUGUUGGUUGGAUAUCGGAUAGUUGCUUAUCUGGCAUUGCGCAGGGUGCAAGUAAGAUAAAUAGUAGACAAUUUUCCCCUGAUGAUACUCCAGCUUCCGAAGGAUCUUGCCUGCAUUUCAUCGAAGAAUACAUAUAUAUGGUUGAAGAGUUUUUUCUAUUUUCCUCAACCUAGAAAUUAUUACAUAAAUCUGAGAUUUUGACACUCUACGAUCGCCUUGUUCCUGGUCAGAGUUACAUGUACUUGCGUUUCGUUUAAGUACUAGUUUAAAUCAUAGAAAUACAAGUGAUAAUGAUAAUAAUACUAACUUGGAAUUUUAUUUCUCUGCA